AUGUGUAAAGAAGAUGAAAUAGGAGGACCGCAAUGCAACACAGAAGUGCUUGACAAACUUAAAAAGAUGGAAGAGGACGCAAAAACAGCAGAAACCGAUAUGCCUAAUCCUAAACGGAGACAUUCGCAGCAAAGAAGCGCUAAAAGAAGAACACAUUAUAAAGCCGAGCCGGUUACUUUAAGCAGAGAUACGACCACCGGCGAACUUCAUGUACGUCAUCGUGCGCAUGUGAGCGAAGGAAAAUUGUACUACAAAGGCAAGUUCCGUCUGCGCGGUAAAUGUGUGUUACCUGCCUUUUUGGAUCAAUUAGCCAGCCAAGCUUCUGCGCCGCCGGUAAAUGAUCUGCGGGUGACAUUAGCUGAACAAGAAAAUCAGGAGCAAAAGACCAUCCCAUUUUUCUUUAACUACCCAGGCUGCAUCAGGACUUCUCAUAGAUCCGUCGGGCAACUCAAAUCCCGCCGAACUGUCAAAAACUACACCUAA